GCUUUCGCGAGCACGAGCAGCGAUGAGUGUGUCGAUGCCGCAGAAGCGCCACUACCGGCAGCGCGCGCACUCCAACCCCAUGGCCGACCACACCUUCCAGUACCCGGUGUGCCCGCAGGAGAUGGACUGGGCUCAGCUGUACCCGCACUUCUUCCGCGAGGGGUGUGUGAGCGCGCGGGUGGAGUUCGCGGACAUCGGCUGCGGGUACGGAGGACUUCUGGUUCAGUUGUCAGAGCUCUUCCCCGACCGGCUGAUCCUGGGUUUGGAGAUUCGUGUGAAAGUGUCCGAUUACGUGCAGGACCGCAUUCGCUCGCUGCGAUCGGCAGAACCGGGCCGGUACCAGAACAUCUCCUGCCUGCGCAGCAACGCCAUGAAGUACCUGCCCAACUUCUUCACCAAGGGACAGCUCAGUAAGAUGUUCUUUCUCUUUCCGGAUCCACACUUCAAGAAAACCAAACACAAGUGGCGCAUCAUUAGCCCUACGCUACUGGCGGAGUACGCGUACACACUCCGGGUCGGGGGAUUAGUGUACACUAACACUGAUGUGGAAGAGGUGCACGACUGGAUCGUCACACACUUCAGGGAUCAUCCUCUCUUCUCCAGAGUGCCGGACGAACAACUGGCUGAUGACAUCAUCAUCGGUCACCUGGGCACGUGCACGGAAGAGGGAAAGAAGGUUCAGAGAAACGGAGGCAAAAACUUUUUAGCAGUUUUCCGCCGAGUGGAAGAUCCCAAGACGUGAGGCUCCGAAGUGGCGGAAGAGAAGAUCUUUUACAGCAACUGAUUGUCAAUCCAGCAUGUACAAUACUUUUUCUAAAUCUGAAUAAACAUGGAUCUUGACA